CCGCAGGAGGAGGCGGAGCCCGACUUCCCCGGGAUGGAAGAAGCCAAGGCGGCCUGCCUCGACGGCGCGGACGGCAGAGAGGCUUCCUCCCGGCGCCGGACCAAGCGCGGCUUCACCUACCCGGGGACACUCUGGUGCGGAGCCGGCAACAUCGCGGAGAGCUACGAAGAACUGGGAGCUCAUCAGGAGACGGACAGGUGCUGCCGGGAACACGACCACUGCCAGCACGUCAUCCACCCUUUCACCUACAAGUACGGGUACCGCAAUUUCCGAUGGCACACCAUCAGCCACUGCGACUGCGAUAACAGGUUAAAGGCAUGCCUGCGAGCCGUGAACGACACAGCCUCCCGCGUGGUGGGCCAGGCCUUCUUCAACGUCAUCCAAGUGCCUUGCUUUGAAUUUGCCUACAAAGAGCAAUGUGUGGAGCCUUAUCUCUACGUCUGGUGCAAGAACUACACAACCGUGGCAGUUGCCGUGGCACAAGAUCCGGUGCUGUAUGAAUAUGGUGGGGGGCUCAUAGACGGGCUGGCAACCCAUCAGCCGCCCCCGGCAAAGUCUUCCACCACCACCACCUCCUUCCGUCUGUCGGCGGGUUCAUCUCCUCUUCCCCGCAAGCCGGACCCGGCUGUUGUGGCAGCUGCUGGGACCACUCCUGCCCCCCAGGCGAGGCCCAGCGACACCCCCAGGAAGCAGCGGAAGGGCAAGGGCAAAGGAAGAAAAGGCAGAAGGGGGAAAGGCUUGAAGAAGAAGAAGGCAGAGGCAAAGGCUGCGACCAUUCCUCAUCCGGCGAGAGAGGACCCCGCCGCCUUCCCAAAGCAGCUGGUGGAGCAAGAGCCGGCCAAGGUGGACUUCCAAGAUCCCGUGGGGCGUCCGGACUUAGGGGAGGAAGAUCUGUUCAAUGCCAUCCUUGGCGACGACCCUGCGGGGUUGGCCGGACCAGGGGGCAGAGAGCCAACUGCCCUGCCCAAGGCCACCCCCAGGCCCCCCACUGUCCAGCCUCCUCCGAGGAAGAGGAAAGGGAGGAGGAGGCGUCUCAGGGAGAGAGAUGGACGGUCCCAGCAUUUGCCCCACCCAGACUUGGGGGGAAAGAUCUCUGCAGUCCAGGCUGCAUAAUAAACAGGCAGAAUCAGAUCGAGCCCAAA